AUGAAAGGGGAAAUAAAUGGUUUGAAGACCUUGAUCUUGGCUGAAAAUUCUUCGACAUAUUACAUUCACUGCUUUGCUCAUCAACUUCAAUUAGCACUUGUUGCGGUAGCAGAAAAUCACAAAGAAGUUGGUGACUUUUUCACAACAGUCAAUAGAUCUUGCAAACGAGCUGACAUGGUUCGAGAUAGCCAAACUAGGAAGCUUGCGGAGGCUAUAGCUGUUAAUGAACAAGAAACUGGACAAGGACUGAAUCAAGAAAUGAGUCUCAAAAGGCCAGGUGAUACUCGUUGGGGUUCUUAUUAUGGUGCACUUCUCAAUUUUGAGCACUUGUUCUCUACUAUUAUUAAUGUGUUAGAGAGAAUCGAGGAUGAUCCAAGUACAGAACCAAAAACAGCGAGUCAUGCAUGGCGGAUGUUGAUUACAAUUCAAGAUUUCAGGUUUGUCUUCAUUUUGAAGUUGAUGAUUGAAGUGUUAGCAAUUACGAAUGAGUUGUCACUAGCAUUGCAAAGGAGAGAUCAAGACAUUGUAAAUGCUAUGAAACUUGUUCGUGUGGGAAAAACUAGAUUACAAGAGAUGAGAGAUCGAGGAUGGGAGUCUCUACUUGAGGAUGUUAUCUUGUUUUGCACUAAGGAAUCUGUUCACAUUCUUGGCAUGGAUGAUGAGUAUGUUCUUCCAGGACGGUCAAGGCGCAAGGCUCCACAGAUCACAAACUUGCAUCACUAUCAGGUUGAAUUGUAUUACUCUGUUCUUGAUAUGCAGCUGCAAGAGUUGAACAACCAUUUUGAUGAGGUGAAUACUAGGUUGUUGACUUGUAUGGCUUCUCUUAGCCUGGAGAAUGAGUUUUCUGCUUUUGACAGGGAGAAGCUGGUUAGUCUUACUCGAUUUUAUCCUACAGAGUUUGGUCAUCUUUCUGACUCUUUUCUUCUAAGGGACUUUGAGAAUUACUAUCAGUCUGUGAAGAAUGAUGAGUUAUUCCAUGGAUUAAAAGGAAUUGAUGAAUUGUGUCAGCUGAUGGUGAAGACAAAAGUGAAUAUAUCAUAUCCAUGGGUAUAUUUGCUUCUCAAAGUUGUAUUGACUUUACCGGUUGCAACUGCAAGUGUUGAAAGAGCCUUUUCAGCUUUGAGUUACAUCAAGAACAAGCUUCGGAAUCGACUAGGCGAUCAGUUUGUGAAUGAUUGUCUCGUAGGAUAUAUUGAAAGAGAUUUGCUGAAUACUGUAGACACGGAAUGUAUUUUAGAAUAUUUUCAGAAUAUGAAAACACGACGUGGAAUUUUGUUGUAA